AUGUCGGGUCUGUCUUCGACAUUUUUACUGAGACAUCUUUCGAUGAGCUUGCAACAUUCCAUUUUCAGUGCUUCAUUUCUUUCUGCAAAACAUGAUGGUUGGCCUUCAAGUCAUGCAGAAAGACUGGAGAAGUUUGAUGGGGCUAAUUUCAAGAGGUGGCAGCAAAAAAUAUUGUUCUACUUGACUACUCUGGGACUUGCGGUGUUCCUAACUAAGGACACACCACCAAGUGAUGAAGAGAGUGAUAAAGAAACUCUGAUGGCGGUGGAUGCGUGGAAGAAUUCCAAUCAUUUAUGUCGAAACUAUGUCCUGAAUGGCCUAUCUGAUGCCUUGUACGAAGUGUACUGUGGCCAUUUCUUGGACUACAUGAUGGUAGAUACCAAGCCCUUGAUGAGUCAAGUACAUGAGCUGCAAGUGCUCAUCCAAGAACUUCUUGCUAAAGGGAUGGUCAUUGAUGAAGCUUUUCAAGUUACUGCAAUGAUUGAGAAGCUGCCUCCUAGUUGGGGAGACUUCAGAUAUUAUCUCAAGCACAAGAGAAAGGAAAUGGACACGGAGGCUCUUGUUGGAAAGCUUCAAAUUGAAGAUGACAAUAGGAGAUCUGAUACAAGAUCCAUGAAGGCCGGAAUGAAGGCAAAUGUUGUAGAGCAUGGAAGUAGCUCCAAGAACAAGAAGAAACUUGGAAAGAAUUCCAAGGUGGGGCCUAAAGGAGGCAUCUCCAAGAAGGCUAAGUUCUAA